AGUCCCGAUGACGCAGAUGACACCGGAAGCACUGGAGCUUCAUCCGGAUCAGAUUAUCUCAAUGUGACAUUUCGGAGCGUUUUUUUUUUCUUUAACUGUAAUAACUUAACUGAAGAAUAAGAAUGUUUCUCACUACAGUAAACCUUGCCAAGAACAAAUCUAAGACAUUGCUGGUUCAGAUGGUGAGUGCAGCUGGCACAGGGUAUUGUUUUAACACGAAGAGGGGCCGAUUGAGGGACAAACUGGUUUUGCGAAAGCAUGACCCUAUAGUUAACAAACAUGUUCUAUUCAUUGAGAAGAGGAAGAUACGUUCUCUUUAAAAAUGGGAGACUCUUUUGAUACAGACACUGAGAAAUUUGACUUUUAAAAGCGUCACUGGAAUAUAACAACUGCCACAGUGUGAUGGACAACAGCAAACAUCUGAAAGUGUCACUAAUCAACUAUGAAGGAAGAAGAUUUACUUUAAAGUAAAGAGUUUGCAUCACUGCAGCUGUGGAUGACUGGUCUAAUGAGAGCAGAAAUUAGUUGUACAUCUUGUCAGGAUAAUAUACACUGUGUUGGAUUUGUUUGGUUCUUUGAUUUUCGUCAGAAGUUUGACCUACUGCAAACAAUGAACCACCUACUCAAUGACAGAUUGCUUCAGGCUGAAGUGGAUUUGUUGGAAUAAUUAGCCUGCAAAAUCUGUUUAAUAGAAAAAGAUUUAAUUAAAAAACUCCCAAUCUAA